AUGAUCUUGUGUGGGUGUAGAGAAGGUCUGGCAGUGGGAGGCACAGGGUCCCGGGGUGACAACCAAUGUCUGGAAUGCCUGGAUGUAUCAUACUGGAUCUAUUUUUCAUCACUGAGCAAAUUGCUUCAAAAUGGGAAAUUGAAUGGUAAUGCUGUUAAUAAAAAUAUUGCUGUUCCUUCUGGCAAAAAAAAGGACACAUCUGAAAAGCAUUCUCCACCUGGCAAAGCAGUAACUCCUGAAAAAUCAUCUGCAGUUGAAAAGAAGGCAUCUAAAAAGUCUCGUGCUCAGAAUGAAAAAAAGACUGUUGUUGAAAAAAAGAAGGAAAGCAUUUCCAAUGAUGACAUGAAUGAUGGUGAAUGGGUCCAGUUAGUUUCAAAAAAAGGAAGGAAAAAUCGAAAAAAGGAUGAAGUACUUACUGCUGAAAAGCAACCUGAUACAAGUAAAUCGAAUAAGAUGACUGAUGUGAAUAAGUCUGAUGAGAGUAAUGCUGAAGAAUUGCCCAAAAAGUCAGAAGCUAUUGCUACGGAUAGUGAUGCCGUUGACCAGAAACAAGAUUCUGAAUUAGAGAACGAGAAAAAUGUGCAGAGCAGUGCUGAUUUGAUUUCAGUUUCAGAAAAACCUAAGAUUCAAGAUGUUGCUGAGGAAACAAUUCAUUUGGAGAAGGAACUCCCUAAAGAAAGCAUAACGAAAGAAUCGAAAGCAUUAGAAGAAGGUAACAAGACAAAAAAGAAGAAAAAGAAGAACGUGGAAAGCAUUCAUCCAGAAAAGGAUCCUGUAACUAGCAUUUCUGAUUCACCUGCUGUGCAGGUGAUUCCAGAAAUAUCUAGUUCUCAAGAUAAUUCUGCUUCAAACGUUGUAAAUGCUUCUGAACAUCCGAAGGUUACAAGUGGAAAAGCUGAGUCAGAGCAGACAAGCACAUCCAAAUCUUCAAAUGUAGUAUUUGAUGAAUUAGAAGGUCUCUAUCCAGAGGCAAAAGAUCAGAAAAAGAAGAAGAGAGUUCGCCGUGAUCAUUAGUAUUUUCUCGAGUCUGAGAUAAGAAUAUUGACUGGUCUCUUCACAUUUAACUGAAACCCUGACUUCAUCCUGCCAUUUUUAUGGAAAUUGUCACUGUUUCAAGUGAAUGAAAUAAAGGGUAUAUUUAAAUGGUCAUUUGGAUUGUUAAUUGCAAAAACUGCUGUGCACUGUGGUAGCAGUUAUUUCUGGUGGUGUUUACUUUUAGACAAUGAUAUAAUGUAAUUACAGCUGCAUCUUCUGUGAUUGUGAGCUGAAGAUUCCUUAUUUACAGUAACUGAGAAGCAAAAUCUUUUAUUACACCUUUACUGAUAUCUUUGUACAGGGUGCAAUGCAAGAAUGUACAUAUGUAUGCUACCUUUCCAUUUGUUAUGCAUUUAUAGUUUUACACCUCCUAUGCCUGUUAGUUUAUUAAAGGUGUAAUAGCCUAGGAUUGCAUCAAGAUUGUGGUAUUGGACUGAAGUGUUAGGAUUUAAACCUUCAGCUGUUGUAACUUUGCUCAUCCUUCACUUGAUCUAUCGAGUGCGCGUUUGUGCUAUAUACAUCAGAACUUAUGUAUUGUACCUUUUGUGUCACACCCUGUAUGCAUAUAACAAAAAUUGCAAGUGCCAAAAUUGUUUUCACAUAUUGUGGAAAAUACUGCUGUUAAGUAUUUUGUUUAGGGAAACUUGCAGAAUUGGCACAUUUAAAAUUUAUAUUUUUGCAUACACCAAUAUGUCUUUGAAGAUUGUUGUUAAAUAAGGCAAUUUGUAUGCUCUUUUAUUACAAAAAGUAAAGAAUUCUAAAUCCAAAGAUAUUUACAAGAAUAAAGAUAGUGAACUGCAGUCACCAAGUACUAGAGAAAUUCCAUUCAAAAAGAACUUUGGCCUGUGAGUAAAUUUGUCUGCCAUUUAAUUUGUAAUACUUGCUUUAUAAAUACAAAUGAUAGCAUUUAAAGUCAUAAAUACUGGAUAUUUAUGCUGUGCGCCUAUUUAGAUUAAUUUCAUAUCGGAAUUGCAUUUAAAAAUUAUUCAAAAUAAAUGUUAAAUUCAGUUGAAGUCAUGUUUGUUCAUGACAUUCUGAAGAGACAUGAUUAAUAUUUGCACAGCUAUUAAAAUACAGCUGUGUAAAUGACUGCAUGAGUGAUUUAAAAUAUUUGUGUGGUCAUUCUGUAAUGUAAUUUCAUUGUAAUGUCAGAAUUGAAUUGUGAUAAGGUUUUUUAGAGUUAUUUCCCGUGUCGUAUUCUAAUGAAAACUGUUUUCAGUGGGGAAAUAGUUAAUAACAAGGUGGUUUUUAACAGUUAUUAUUUGAAUGUACUUAUGUAAGGUAAUCGAGCACUUGUUUUGAUUUUAUAAAAUAUGUAAAUAUAAAUUUGAAAUUUAAAAAUUUUAUGAUGUGUUAAUUUCAUUUAUGCAAAUAAUUUAAUAUACAUUUUUUGUACAAACUAAAAAAUAAUUUAUACUUUUAAGGUUUUGAAUUUCUAUUUUAUAAGUGUAUGUUGAAUUUAAAGACAUAGUUAUAUUUUUAGGAAGAUUUAAACAUACACAUUUAUACCUUAAUUGCUUCAUAAACAUUUCAAUAUUCUAAAAAACAGAUUUUUUAGUACUUUUUGUUCACAUUUUAUAGCUAAAUGUCAGUCUUACAUUGCUGUUUAGCAAGAAUUCUAUAAAAAAAUUUCUGAGCUUCUGAUGUGAUAACUUACAGUGUAAAAUAUUAUACCAUAAAACUCAUAUGAUAUUUUAUGUGCACGUGUGUAUGAUUUAUAUAAACUGUCUUCCUCAAUUAACUUCAGCAAACGUGAAUGAAAUUUUUAUUAUUUUUAUUUUCUGUAGACCAUCUAAUUGUUUUCUGUGAAAACAUUAAUUCAUGCAGCUUCGGCCAAAAAUUGAAUGCAAAAAAAUGUUUGUAUCUUCAAUCAGUUACAUAUUAAUUAAGAGUAUGUCCUUUUGAAUUAUAAGUCAUAUUUUGUUUUAUAUGUUUUGGUAUAUUUGAACAUGAAAAGUUUCUUUUCCUCCUUACAUUAAAAUAACUUUUGCACUGAAUCUUUUUAUUUUUGAUUAAAUAUAAAGUUUUAAGAUACUCUCUUUAUAUAUAUGAGUUAUGUUGGUAAAUGUUGAUGCCUUUAAACCAAAUGCAUUGUUUAUUGUGAAUGAUGUAAAAAAGUGGUUAUUGCACGAUAAUAAGACAUUUCAUAAGUUAAUGGGUAGUAUAUUAAAUGUAAUUACAUUGUAUGUUUUGCAUUAUAAAUAAAAUCAAAUUUUUUUA